CAAACACUAUUUAAGUCUGGAAUCACCUACCACUCAUUAACCACCUUGAACACUGAUACUUCUCCUUUUCAGUCGCAACAGCACCCCCACCCACCACGGCAAGGCAUUCUUACGCCUUUACCUUUCUUUUGGAGCUUGGUUGAUCCUAUACUCAUCCAGGACAGAAGGGGUUUCGGUAUCAGCAUCGUGAAUUUGCGUUAUUUCCGGCAGCCAUUGCAUUCAUUAUGCGGUCUCUCGCCCCCUUGGUUCUCAGUUUUCUAAAGGCAUCGAGCGUAGCAUAUGCUGCGGAUGCUGCGGAUACUGAAUCCAAUGUCAUCUCACUGAGCACGGACACGUUCGAAAGCUUUAUGUCUGAGCAUAAUUUGGUGCUUGCGGAAUUCUUCGCGCCCUGGUGUGGUCACUGCAAGGCUCUUGCUCCCAAAUAUGAGGAAGCAGCCAUAGAGUUGAAGGCAAAGGAUAUUCCUUUGGUCAAGAUCGACUGCACUGCAGAAGAGGACCUGUGUAGGAGCCAGGGUGUCGAGGGAUAUCCGACUCUGAAGAUAUUCCGUGGACCGAACUCGAGCAAGCCUUAUCAGGGUGCGCGUCAAGCAGAAUCUAGCAUCGUAUCAUACAUGGUCAAACAAUCACUUCCUGCCGUAUCACCUGUCGAUGGCAACAAUCUCGAAGAGAUGAAGAUCAUGGACAAAAUUGUUGUCAUCGGCUAUUUCGAUUCUACGGAUAAGACAACGCAUGACAUUUUUGAGACCUUCGCCGAAUCCCAAAGAGAUAACUACCUUUUUGCGGCCGCAAGUGACCCCGCAGUCGCCAAGGCGGAGGGAGUCCAACAGCCGGCUGUUGUUCUGUACAAGGACUUUGAUGAGAAGAAGGCCGUUUACGACGGCGAAAUUGACCAGGAAGCUCUACUCGGUUGGGUGAAGACUGCUAGUACCCCCCUUGUGGGUGAGAUUGGACCCGAGACUUACUCUGGCUAUAUCACUGCUGGUAUUCCCCUGGCAUACAUCUUCGCCGAAACGAAGGAAGAGCGUGAAAAAUUCACUGAGGAAUUCAAGCCAAUUGCGGAGAAGCACAAGGGCUCUAUCAAUGUCGCUACCAUUGAUGCUAAGAUGUUCGGUGCACAUGCAGGCAAUCUCAAUCUUGACCCUCAAACCUUCCCCGCCUUUGCUAUUCAGGAUCCCGCCAAGAAUGCCAAGUAUCCAUAUGACCAGUCCAAGGAACUCAAGGCAGACGAUGUGGAAAAGUUCAUCCAAAAUGUCCUUGAGGGCAAGAUCGAACCCAGCAUCAAGUCGGAGCCCAUUCCGGAGACUCAAGAUGGCCCGGUUACGGUUGUUGUAGCGCAUUCCUACAAGGAACUUGUUAUUGACAACGACAAGGAUGUCCUGGUAGAGUUUUAUGCGCCAUGGUGCGGACACUGCAAAGCUCUUGCGCCGAAAUAUGAUGAGCUUGCUGGCCUCUACAUCAAUAACCCUGACUUCGCGGCCAAGGUCACCGUUGCCAAAAUCGAUGCAACGGCAAACGACGUACCGGACCCCAUUACUGGAUUCCCAACCAUCAGACUGUACCCAGCCGGUGCCAAGGACUCUCCCGUCGAAUAUGAAGGCUCACGCACUGUCGAGGACCUUGCCAAGUUCAUUUUCGAGAAUGGAAAGCACAAGGUGGAUGCUUAUACAAAUGCCGAACAACAGCAGGAAGACGCAGACGUCACUACUCCCCCUGUUGCGGCUCCCGCAGAAGACGAAACCCCCGAAGCAACCAAAGAAGGCGCGGUGGAGCAUGACGAACUCUGAAUUGUCACAGGAAGUUCUUUUCCCCUCUAAUGAAAUUGUACCUUAUCAUCAUCAUCAAUCUAGCCAGUAUUCCCGGUUCCUGCUCGAGCUUAUUCAUCUCUACGUGC